UCUAUUUAUAGAUAUGACCUCUAAUGAAGCAAGUUAACUGCUGACGACUGUUACAUAUGCUGGCCAAAAUACUACGAGGCUUUUGUAAAUGUCACCGGAUUCUCAUAACAGGAACAACUGAGCUGGAACAUGGAAACGGAAUCAGUCACACUUGUAGUUGAUAAUGGAACGUAUUCAUGUAAAUCCGGAUUCGCCAACGAAAAUACUCCUCGUGCUUUCACACCAUCCGUAGUUGGUCGCCCGCGUGACGAUCUGAAGGAAGGUUGGACAAAGGAAUAUAUAGUUGGGGACGAGAUACGGGAUGUAAGAGAGAUGCUGACUGUGCGAUACCCAAUAGAAUUUGGUGUUAUAAACAACUGGAACGAGAUGGAGAAACUUUGGCAGUACAUAUUUUAUGAACAACUCCGAGCAACUCCGGCAGAGCACGCAGUUUUAUUAACAAGACCCCCACACAACCCAAAGUGUGUAACAGAGAAGAUGACAGAGGUAAUGUUUGAGACGUUUGAAACCCAGGCGCUGUACAUAGCAGUCACUGGUGUACUGUCUCUGUUCUCCGCCGGGAAAGGAACAACAACUGGUCUAGUAUUAGACUCGGGAGAGACGUCCACACACGCUAUGCGAAUUCACGAGGGUUAUUGCGUUUCUGCUCGAUGUGAUCGCGUGGAUUACGCUGGAAGAGACCUCACGUCUUAUCUCAAAAGGCAACUGACGGAGAAGGGUUAUAGUUCCACAGAAGGAAUGGGAUACGAUGUUAUACGCGACAUGAAGAAAAAGUUGUGUCGCGUUUCUGAAAAUUUUGAAUUAUCCGCUUCUGAACACGAACAGAAUUACGAACUACCAGACGGUACAACAAUCAGCAUCGGUAACGAACGCUUCCAAUGUCCAGAAAUUCUAUUCACUCCAAAACUAACAGGAAUCGAGUUUCCUGGUAUUCAUGAACUAGUUAAUAUUACUAUCCAAAAAGCAGACCCCAGUUUGCAUAAAGAUAUGUACAAUAAUAUAGUGUUAGCGGGGGCAACAACCAUGUUUCCGGGUAUUGCCGAACGCCUGACAAAAGAAUUACAAAACUGUCUGUCUGUGCCAGAAAAGGUGAAUGUUAUUGCUGAUAAGAAUCGGGACUGUUCAACAUGGAUAGGCGGUGCACUGGUAGGGAAAUUAUCGACAUUCCACAAAUUAUGUGUUAAAAAAGAACAAUAUGACGAAAUAGGACCUGCUUUAUGUACUCAAAAAUAUUUCUAAAAGUGAUGUGUGCAAAAUAAAAUAUUUUAUUUAAAAACAGAAUUCUUUUUCCUUUUAUUUUUGGAUAAUUUUAGAUUAUAUGUAUGCAUUAGUCAUAGCUAUUAUGAAGUACAUGUAUUGUGGAAUCUCAAAGAUUAUCUAGGCGGUGACCCUUUGGUUUGUUUUUGUUUAACGUCCUAUUAACAGUCAGGGUGACCCUUUCUCGUGGUAAGGUAUAUUGAACUAGUGGGUAAAAUGGCAUUAUAUAUAUUUUCUUUAAUGGUCCAUUAAUAUGGAUACAAAUUUGCUAACGAUUCCUUUGAUUAUAUUAAAAUUGUCUUUGAGCUUCUAAUUUUAUCUAUAGAUUUAAGGUGGAGAAAUAAUUAAUUGCAUCACGAAGAAAUUCAAUCAUCCUUUACUUCUUUAGAUUUUAUGUAACAGUUGGUCGUAUAGCGAU